AUUCUUAAUUUACAUCAUCUGCUGCAACGUUUUCAUAUGUUGAUACGUAAAAAUUUCGCUGCUGAACUAUACACAACGCUCUUACAGGAUUGUCAACAACCUCAAAUUAUUGUCCUUAAUUAAUCUUUAAGACGAGUUCUACUUGUUCAGUACUUUAAAGUAAAAAAUACAAAUUUUAUUGAGAAAAAUAUGGCGACAACUUGGGAUGAAAUAAAACGUUUAGCCGCUGAUUUCCAGCGUGCUCAAUUAACUGAAAAUGUACAAAAACUUUCAGAUAGAAAUUGUAUCGAAAUUGUUCAAAAAUUAAUUGAAUUAAAAAUGAUCGACGUAAUAUAUACUUGUGAUGGUAAAGAAUAUCUGACUCCAAGAGAAUUAGAAAAGCAGAUCAUUGAAGAAGUUGACGCUAAUGGAGGAAGAGUGAAUAUAGUUGACAUUCAAAAUUCUAUUAAUGUCGACUUGACUCACAUAGAAUCCAAAAUCAAUGAAAUCCUCAAAGAUCAUAGUCUGCAAUUAAUCCUUGGUCAACUUUUAAAUGAUACAUACCUAGAAUCCUUGGCUGAUGAAAUCAACGAUAAAUUAAAAGAAAAAGGUCAAGUCUUUCUCCCGGAAAUUUCUAAAUCUUAUAAUCUUCCUGGAGACUUUAUUCGAAAAAGUAUACUUGUAAAAUUUCUUGGAAACCGCAUUCAAGGUGAAUUGAGAAAGAACGAUCAAGAUAAUAUCUUUACAGAGAAUUUUCUAAAGCGUCAAAAAUUUAUGCUCCGAGGAGCAUUAAACGGUCUUACCAAACCAGCUCAAUUAUCGAAUGUAAUUAAACAUUGCGAAAUUCAAUCAAAGCUCGUAAUACCUUUAACUGAGCAAUUGAUUGAAGAGAAAGAAGUUAGAGGAACUUUAAAUGGAACUAAAAUUGAUUCUGCCUUCUUCGUACCGGAUAUUUAUACAACCAAACAAAUAGAAUACGUGUCUUCAUUUUACCUUCAAAAUGCUUACUUGGAAUAUGAUAGCCUCCAUCGUCUCGGCAUAUCUAAUGCUAAAGAUUACAUAAAGAAGAAAAUUCCUGAUAAAAAUUUAACCUAUCUGAGCACAUGUGCAAUUGGUCAAGCUAUUAUAGAACAAUUAGAUGCAACAAUUGAAGAUUCAAUGUCAAGCAGCUCUAUAUUAGAUGUCAGACCUCAUCUUCCCUCCAUAGUUGAUGAAAAUGACAUUGGACAAAUAUUGCAAAAAGCUUGCAAAAACAAAUCCAAUACUAAAGUUUUUGGAUACUAUAUAGUUCCCGAACAUUGUCUAAGAUACUUGAUGCAGAAUUUCGAAGAUGACAUGAAGAAGAAGGCUAUAGAAUUUUGUAAUACUUUGAAACAAGCCCCGCAAACGGUCUCUGAAGAGAAGCCUACAAAAGGAAAAAAAGGAAAGGGACGAAGAAAGGAAGAGAGUGAUCAGGGAUCAUCUGAGCCUUCAGAGUACAUCCCUGUUCAUCAAAUACUAAAAAGAAUAUCAAAUUCCGAUAAAUUAAGAGAUUCUGAUGAGCAACUAUUGGAAGAUAUAGCCGAUAAUUUAUAUAGACCACUUACAAAACGCUAUUGCGAAAUAAUACGAGAAACUUGGGAAGAAAGACUAUCGGGAUCUGUUACUGAACGGAAAACUGAACAUGAUCAGAUAAGGAAAAUUCUAUUAAAGACAUGGACAACAGCCAAUGUGUAUACGAAAGGAAUUGACUUGUUUGAUAAUGAUUCACAGGAAACACUUGUUAAACAUUUUUUGCGGACCAUUGGCACAGAACUAGUUGAUUCUUUAUUUAAACUUGUCGCUACGGAGUAUAUGUUGACACCGCCUUCCGAUAAAAAAGAAGAUAGAACAAAAUUUCUGCAAAAGAUACCGAAUGAAAAAGAGCGCGACUUGUUUAAAGAAUUAAACUCGACAAUCUCAGGAAAAUCCGUAAAAGAAUUUUUGGUAACUUUUCCAUUAGCCUGCUCUUCUUUCAAUAUUCAGCUAAAAAAGAGUAAACAGGCUGAGAAAGAUGUUUCAUCAGAAUUACGUCAUGCAUAUAUUGAAAAAGUAGGCUGCGAAAAUGAUGCAGCUGGUUGUCUUCACUUAGCAGUAACAUUACUGAUUAAUACUUUUACCCGAACUCUGGUUCAUGCACCUGGAAAGUUUGUGCCUACUAUGAUAAAGUUCUUGAAGGAGAAGAAGUUUUUGAGCGAAGAAGAUCAGAAAAUAUUGCAAGAUUGUAAUGAUUUAAUUAUACAAGUCUACCGUCAGGAUAGUAAUGAAGAUAACCAUUUUCAAGAUCAACUAAAUGAAUUGGUGCCUAAAGUCAAACAUUUGGCAGUAAACGCCAAGAAACUAACAGUUACCACUUCCGAAAACGUUGAUUAA